AUGACCCAGAAUGAGGAUGCUGAGCGACCGGACAGUAGCGGGCCCAACGAAAAAUCCAAUGGCGUGACCACAUCCGCUGCCGCGCAAGCGCCAAUCGAUAAUGAAGCCAGGCCGGAUGUAUUCUCCUCCACCGUCCAGGAGGUUCUUUUCGUCUCGGUGGCGACCAUGGCUAUUGCCAUGUCAUCUCUGCUCAACGGCGCCAUAACAGUCCUGACGUCGCAGGUCCAGAAUGACUUGGGCAUGACCACCGCCGAACUGACUUGGCUGGCCGGCUCCUCCUCCCUUGCCUCUGGUUCAUUCCUCUUGUUCUUCGGUCGAUUGGCUGAUCUUUUUGGCCGGAAGACACUCUUCAUCGGUAGCAUGGCUCUCUUCGCCGUGUUCGCUCUGGCUGCCGGUUUCUCCAGGACACCUCUUCAGAUCGACAUUCUCAACGGCGUUAUGGGGCUCAUGUCCGCUGCUGCUGUUCCCCCGGCCCAAGGCAUGCUCGGCAACAUAUACCAGCGGCCAUCGAAGCGGAAGAACAAGGUUUUCGCCUGCUUCAGUGCCGGCAACCCCAUGGGCUUCGUCUUCGGCAGCAUAUUAUCAGGCAUCGCUACGCAGCUGUUCAACUGGAGAGCCAGCUUCUUCUUACUAGCCAUCAUCUACGUUGUCAUCGUGGCCAUUGCGCUGUUCAGCGUCCCAGUUGACCACACGCAGAAGGAGACAAUGUCGGUACAGGUGAUCAAGAAGUUUGACGUCAUCGGCACCGUCUUGACCGUGGCAGGCAUCGGCUUGUUCUCUGGAGCAUUGAGUCUCGGCUCCGACGCCCCGCAAGGCUGGAAAACCCCUUACGUCCUCGUGCUCCUCAUCCUCGGGGCGCUCCUCAUCGUCGGCUUCGUCUUCUGGGAGCGAUGGUGUGCCUACCCCCUCGUCCCCAUGACCAUAUGGCGGGACCGCGACUUCUCGCUCGUCAUCACCGUCCUCCUCCUCGGCUUCCUCGCCUUCCCCAUCAUGGCGUUCUGGAUCGCGCUCUACAUGCAGAAAGUGCGGCACUACUCGGCGCUGCUCGUGGCGGUGCACAUGCUGCCCAUGGCCAUCGGCGGCAUCAUCGUCAACGUCGUCGCGGGGCUCAUCAUGCACCGCGUGUCCAACACGGUCCUCAUGGCCGUCGGCGCCACCGCGUACGUCGCGUCGUUCCUGCUCAUGGGCCUGCAGCACGCCGACUCGUCGUACUGGGCCUUCAUCUUCCCCGGCCUGCUGCUCGCCGUCGUCGGCGCCGACUUUGAGUUCUGCGUCGCCAACAUGUACGUCAUGUCCAGCCUGCCGCCGCACCAGCAGAGCAUCGCCGGCGGCAUCUUUCAGACCGUCACCAAGCUGUGCGUCACCAUCGGCAUGGGCAUCAGUACGGCUAUCUUUGAUGCGGUGGAGACGCGUGGGACGGCUACAAGCGGGUACUUUAAGGGUGAUGCCAUCGAGCCGUAUGCGGCGACGUUCUUGUACUGCGCGGGGAUUGCGGCCGUGGGGAUUCCGCUAUGUGCGUUCUUGAAGAUUGGGACUCAGGGGCAUACAGGUGGGGAGGAGAAGAGCUCAACGGCGAGCGAAACUGGAGUAGGUGGGGAUAGUCAUGAGGAUGAGAGGGUGAAUGCGAGUGCAGAGAGUGUGGUACGGGAAGAUUAUGAAGCGAGAGGAGACGGAGACAGGGAAAAGCAAAAGGAGGAUGUCUGA